AGAGAGAGAGAGAGAGAGAGAGAGACGGCCGGAGAGAUACUGAGAGGCUGUCCGCGCUCUGCAGUCUGACUGCUCGCGGGGCUAAGACAAGAAAUACUGUAGCUUGUGGUUUUUGGAAAAAAAAUCCAUUAAAACUCACAAAACAAGCCCAACUGUCAAGAAGACAGUGAACUUGAACGGGUAACCGACGCAGAACGCUUCAAAUCUGAGGCGAUAGCUGCUUUUUGACAGCCCUGUCAUUCGUUUAUUGUAGGGACGGCUAAAUUUAUGGAUUAACAAUACAGAUAAAGCAAUUACUGGAAACAAUUAUAAAUAAAAAUUGAAGUGAAAAAGAAGAAGGGGUUUUUCUCCGGGUCCUAGUCAAAUUGUAAUUACCGAAAUGAAAGGGAUUUAUGUCAACAACGGUUGAGGGCAGAUAAGUAACCGCUAUCCUCCUUUCCCCUCUUUCUUUUUUCGGUAUGAAAUCUUUCCCCCGAAAUUCAGCAAACCCCGCGGUCUACAUGAGAUGGUUCAGUCCGGCUGCAGAAGCGGAGUCUCAAUGCAUUGGGAUUUUUCUCAGCUCCGGCACAAAGUGAAUCUUCCUUUUAAAACCAUCUGAUAACGUGCCUGCCAGAAAAAAAGAGGCUGCCAUGAGCACCGCUCUGAAUUCGGACGGAGUGGAAAGGACAACAUGCAGAUGCGCAUAUAACGGCACCAGGAAAGUGGACGGACUAAGGAUUUUUGCGCUAAUGAAGGUGGGAAUACAAGCGCACUAUUGGAGCCGGGUUCUCAUCCUCUAUAUGGGCUUGCUGACUGCAUCUGUUAAGGCUCAGAACUGCAGCUACACGUUACACAGUCCGAACGGGACGAUAGAGAGCCCCGGUUUCCCGUACGGCUACCCCAACUAUGCCAACUGCACGUGGGUGGUUCUGGCACAAGACCACAAUCGGAUACAGCUGGUGUUCCAGGGCUUCGCUCUGGAGGAAGACUUUGACAUCCUCUCCGUCUAUGAUGGGCAGCCCAGCCCCAGCAACCUCAGAACACGGCUGACGGGCUUCCAGCUGCCUCCGCCCAUUGUCAGCUCUGGGCCUCGGCUCACUCUGUGGCUGCUCUCAGACUACGCCGUCAGUGGGCAGGGAUUUAAGGCCUACUAUGAAGCCCUGCCCAGCUACACCUGUGGGAACCCAGGACAGCUCCAGAAUGGCUUCCAGCAGGGCUCCACCUUCAACAUCGGGGACAAAAUCCGCUACAGCUGCAGCGCCGGUUACGUCCUGGAGGGGCACACUGUGCUAUCUUGCCUGGCCACCUCUUCUGGGACGGCCUCCUGGGAUUUCCCUCUGCCUUACUGUAGAGCGGAUGAUGGAUGUGGAGGGACCCUGCGGGGCCAGAGCGGGGUCAUUACCAGCCCCAAUUACCCCCAGGAUUACAACAACAAUGCCGACUGCACGUGGACGGUGCUGGCCGAGCCCGGAGACACCAUUGCCUUGGUUUUCACCGACUUCCAGCUGGAGGACGACUAUGACGUCUUGGAGGUCAGCGGAACUGAGGGCUCCUCACAAUGGUUCUCGGGUCCCAAUUUGCCUUCCCCCAUAAUCAGCAGUAAGAACUGGCUGCGGCUUCACUUCACCUCUGACGGCAACCACAGACUGCGGGGCUUCAGUGCUCAGUACCAAGUAAAGAAGAUGACAGAGCUGAAGUCCCGAGGUGUGAAGAUGCUGCCAAGCAAAGACAACCACCACAAAAUAUCCGUGUUGUCUCAGAUGGGUGUCGCUCAGGGACACAACAUGUGCCCAGACCCGGGAAUCCCAGAGCGAGGGAAGAGGAAAGGCUCCGAUUUCAGGAGGGGUUCGACGGUGCACUUCUCUUGCGAUGAAGGUUAUGAGCUGCAGGGUUCCAAGAGCAUCACCUGCCUGCGAGUGACAGACAGCUAUGUGGGCUGGAGUGACGAUCGACCCAUCUGCAGAGCACCCAUGUGUGGUGGGCAGCUCCGUGGGCCAAGCGGCCUCAUCACCUCCCCCAACUUUCCCGUCCAAUAUGACAACAAUGCCAACUGUACCUGGGUGAUCACUGCCGCUGACCCCAACAAGGUGAUCAAGCUGACAUUCGAGGAUUUCGACCUGGAGCGAGGCUACGACACGCUGACAGUGGGGGACGGCGCGUCCGUCGGAGACCAGAAGACAGUCUUCCACGUGCUGUCUGGGACCUCCACGCCGGAUCUGGUCGUCAGCACUAGUCACCAGAUGUGGCUUAACUUCAAGACCGAUGACUCCAGCGGUUCACUUGGAUUUAAGGUGUCCUACGAAGAAAUUGACCAGGGUAGCUGCGGAGACCCAGGUAUCCCUGCGUAUGGCAAGAGGGACGGCUCGGGUUUCCGGCACGGGGACCACCUGCACUUUGAGUGUCUCCCCGCCUUCGAGCUCGUCGGGAAGAAAAACAUCACCUGCCAGAAGAACAACCAGUGGUCGGCCAAGAAGCCCAGCUGCGUGUUCUCCUGCUUCUUCAACUUCACCACCCCGUCCGGCGUGCUCCUGUCGCCCAACUACCCCCAGGAGUACGGGAACAGCAUGCACUGCGUCUGGCUGAUCAUCGCCAAACCCGAGAGCCGCAUCAACCUGGCCUUCAACGACCUCAGCUUGGAGAAGCAGUUCGACUUCCUGUCCAUCAAAGACGGUGGAAAGGCCGAGUCGCCUAUCCUGGGCACCUUCUCCGGGGAUGUGCUGCCGUCUCCAAUCACCACUAGUGCCCACGUGGCCCGACUGGAGUUCCUCACGGACCACACCAACACGGACCGGGGCUUCAACAUCACCUUCACAACCUUCCGCCACAACGAGUGCCCAGACCCCGGUGUGCCAGUGAAUGGGAAGCGCUUCGGGGACAGCCUGCAGCUGGGCAGCUCCAUGUCCUUCACCUGCGAAGAGGGCUUCGUCAAGACUCACGGCUCACAGACCAUCUCCUGCAUCCUGAAGGACGGCAACGUCGUGUGGGACAACGCCAUGCCCCGCUGUGAAGCUCCUUGUGGCGGGGAACUUAAAGCCCUAAGUGGCAUCAUCCUGUCCCCGGGCUGGCCUGAGCUCUACAAGGAGGCCCUGAACUGCGAGUGGAUCAUCGAGGCCCCUCCUGGCCACCCUAUCAAAAUCAUCUUUGACAAGUUCCGGACGGAGGUGAACUAUGACGUGCUGGAGAUUAGAGAUGGACGGUACCCAUCGUCCCCCCUCAUCGGCAGCUACCAGGGCACGCAGGUGCCGCAGUUCCUCAUCAGUACCUCCAACGUCCUGUACCUGCUGUUCACCACGGACAAAAGCCACUCGGACAUCGGCUUUCGGAUCCGCUAUGAGAUCGUGCAGCUACAGUCAGACCACUGCGUGGACCCGGGCAUCCCGGUGAACGGACAGCGGCAUGGGCACGACUUCUAUGUGGGCGCGCUGGUGACGUUCAGCUGCGACGCUGGCUACUCACUGAGCGACAGCGAGCCUCUCGAGUGCGAGCCCAACUUCCAGUGGAGUCGUGGCCUCCCCAGCUGUGACGCUCUCUGCGGAGGCUACAUCCAUGGGAAUAGCGGCACCAUCCUGUCACCUGGGUUCCCAGACUUCUACCCCCACAACCUCAACUGCACCUGGGUGAUUGAAACGUCUCACGGCAAAGGCGUGCAGCUCACUUUUCACACCUUCCACCUGGAGAGCCCCCACGACUACCUGCUGGUGACGGAGAACGGCAGCUUCUCAGAGCCCCUCUGGCGCCUCACGGGUUCCACGUUGCCUCCUCCCCUCAGCGCCGGCCUCUUCGGCAACUUCACCGCCCAGAUCCGCUUCCUCUCCGACUUCUCGGUCUCCUACGAGGGCUUUAACAUCACCUUCUCUGAGUACGACUUGGAGCCCUGCGAAGACCCCGGUGUGCCCCCUGACAGCAGCCGCAAGGGUCUGCAGUUCGGAGUGGGAGACUCCCUCAUCUUCUCUUGCUUCCCGGGGUACCGGCUGGAGGGGCCAUCCCAGGUGACCUGCCUGGGGGGGCGGCGGCGGGUGUGGAGCUCCCCUCUGCCCAGGUGUGUUGCGGAAUGCGGAUCCUCUGUGACUGGCACCCAGGGAGUGCUUCUCUCGCCCAACUACCCAGCCUACUACGGCAACAACCACGAGUGCAUAUACUCCAUCCAGACACAGCCGGGCAAGGGCAUCCAGCUGCGUGCCAGGGAUUUCCGUCUUCAGGACGACGAUGUUGUCAAGGUGUACGACGGCAGCAGUAACAGGGCCCGCUUGCUGGGCACCUUCACGGGCACAGAGCUGCUGGACACGGCCCUGAACAGCACCUCCAGCUUCAUGUGGCUGGAGUUCAUCAGCAACUCCGAGAACACCAGCAAGGGCUUCGAGCUGCAUUACAACAGUUUCGAGUUGGUGAAGUGCGAGGAUCCCGGCGUGCCCCAGUUCGGCUACAAGCAGGAGGACCGGGGCCACUUUGCGGGCAGCACUGUGUCCUACGGCUGUAGCCCAGGCUACACGCUGAAGGGCAGGGAGGUGCUGACGUGCCAGAGGGGGGAGCGGCGGGCCUGGGACAGCCCACUCCCCCUCUGUGUGGCUGAGUGUGGAGGUAUCAUCAAGGAUGAGCCCACUGGACGGAUCCUCUCGCCUGGCUACCCGGCCCCCUACGACCACAACCUGAACUGCGUGUGGACCAUCGAGGCCGCGCCGGGGAGCACCAUUGGGCUCCACUUCCUGGUCUUCCACACGGAGGAGGUGCAUGAUGUGCUGCGCAUUUGGGACGGCCCCCAGGAGGGCGGGAUCCUGAUGAGGGAGCUGAGUGGCUCCGCCCUGCCAGUUGAUGCCCACAGCACCUUCAACUCAGUGACCUUGCAGUUCACCACCGACUUCUUCACCAGCAAGCAGGGCUUCGCUUUGCAGUUCUCCGUCUCUACCGCUACUUCGUGUAAUGACCCGGGCACACCGACUAACGGGACACGCAGCGGGGACAGCCGGGAACCAGGGGACCACGUGCUGUUCCAGUGUGAUCCCGGAUACGUUCUGCAGGGGGCGAACAGGAUCACGUGCACGGAAAUCAACAGCCGCUUCUUCUGGCAGCCCGACCCUCCGUCUUGCUCAGCGCCCUGUGGCGGGAACCUGACAGGCCCAGGGGGCGUGAUCCUCUCCCCGGAGUACCCCGAGCCCUACCCACAUGGACGCGAGUGCGACUGGACGGUGACAGUCACUUCGGAUUACGUCAUCGCUCUCACCUUCACCCAGUUCAGUCUGGAGCCAAGUUACGACUUCCUGCACAUCUAUGAUGGGCCGGACUCGCUGAGCCCCCUGCUGGGCAGCUUUUACGGCACCGACGUGCCGGACCGCAUCGAGAGCAGCUCAAACACCCUCUUCCUGGCCUUCCGCAGCGAUGCGUCUCUCAGCAGCAACGGAUUCGUGCUGCAGUACACAGAAAACCCACGGGAAUCCUGUUUCGAGCCCGGCCCGAUUCGGAACGGGACGCGUGUCGGCACCGAGCUGAAGUUGGGCUCCACCAUCACCUUCCACUGUGACAGUGGCUACACCAUCAGCGGAGAUACCACUUUGACCUGUAUCAUGGGGGGUGACAGCAAGCCCACCUGGAACAAACCACGUCCAACUUGCACAGCUCCAUGUGGUGGGCAGCACACCGGACUGGAAGGGGUGGUUCUGUCCCCGGGGUACCCUGGUAACUACAGCAGUGGGAGGACCUGCCUAUAUUCCGUAGUCGUGCCAAAGGACUAUGUGGUGUUCGGCCAGUUUGCAUUCUUCCAGACGGCCCUGAAUGAUGUUGUGGAGGUGUACGACGGGGCCACCCAGCACGCCCGCAUCCUCAGCUCACUCUCAGGAGCGCACACCGGCGAAUCCCUGCCGUUGGCCACUUCCAACCAGAUACUCAUCCGAUUUAAUGCGAAGGGCCAAGCCACAUCCAAAGGAUUCCACCUGGUGUACCAAGCCGUCCCCAGGACCAGCGCCACCCAGUGCAGCUCGGUGCCAGAGCCCCGGCACGGAAGGCGGGUGGGGAACAGUUUCUCGGUGGGUGCGGUGGUUCGCUUCGAGUGUGGCCCGGGCUACGCCUUAGAGGGAGCCAGUGCCAUUGAGUGCCUGACGGUGCCCAACGCUUUGGCGCAGUGGAACAGCACGGUCCCCGGCUGCAUCGUCCCCUGUGGCGGGAAUUUGACCGAGCGGACUGGGACCAUCCUCUCUCCCGGAUUUCCCGAACCAUACCUCAACACCCUGAACUGUGUGUGGAAGAUCACCGUCCCAGAGGGGUCGGGGAUUCAGAUCCAGGUCAUCAGCUUCGUGACGGAGCACAACUGGGACUCCCUGGAGGUGUUUGAUGGAGGCGAUAACACGGACACUAUGCUGGGCAGUUUCUCAGGCACCACUGUUCCAGCUCUCCUGAAUAGCACCUCCAACCAGCUCUACCUGCAUUUUUUCUCCGACAUCAGUGUCUCCGCUGCCGGAUUCCACCUGGAGUACAAAACCGUGUCCCUGACCAGCUGCCCUGAGCCACAGAUGCCCAUGAACGGGAUGAAAGUGGGAGACCGCUUCCAGAUGAACAGCGUGGUGUCCUUCCAGUGUGAGCCGGGGUACACCCUGCAGGGCAACUCCCACAUCUCCUGCAUGCCCGGCACUGUGAGGCGCUGGAACUUCCCGCCUCCUCUAUGCAUUGCCCAGUGUGGGGGGAUUCGAGAGGAGAUGGAGGGGAUGAUCUUGAGUCCAGGUUUCCCAGGGAACUAUCCUAGCAACAGUGAUUGCACCUGGAAGAUCUACCUGCCUGUAGGAUACGGUGCGCAUGUGCAGUUCCUCAACUACUCCACUGAGGCUAACCAUGACUUCCUGGAGAUCCGCAAUGGCCCCUUUGAAACCAGCUCUGUAAUUGGCCGCUUCAGCGGACAGGAAAUCCCUCCCUCCCUAUUGACCACUUCGCAUGAGACCACGGUGUACUUUCACAGUGACCACUCUCAGAACAAACCUGGCUUCAGGUUUGAAUAUCAAGCUUAUGAGUUACAGGAAUGCCCCGACCCAGAGCCAUUCCGCCAUGGCGUGGUGGUGGGCGCUGGUUACAACGUGGGCCAAUCCAUCUCCUUCGAGUGCCAGCCGGGGUACCAGCUGGUGGGCCGCCCCAUCCUCACUUGCGAGCAUGGCACCAUCCGCAACUGGGACCAUCCCUUCCCGCGCUGUGAAGCACCCUGUGGGGGCAACAUAACAUCAGACAAUGGCACCAUUUUCUCCCCCGGCUACCCGGAGGAGUACCCCACCUCGUCUGACUGCACCUGGCUAAUCACCAUCGCCCCCGGCAUGGGUAUCAGACUUAACUUCACCCUGCUCCAGGUCCACGGCCCCCAUGACUUCAUCACCGUCUGGGACGGGCCACAGGAGACGGCACGGAAAUUGGGCGUGUUCACCGACACCGAGCCAAUCAACCCUCCCAGCAGCACGUCCAAUCAGGUCCUUGUUCGUUUCCGUAGCAACUCUGAAAAAGGUGGUCUUUUCAGAAUCACUUACCAAGCCUACCGCCUCCAGUUCUGCCUCCCUCCUCCUGUCAUCCCCAAUGCUGAGAUCCUGACAGCCAGCAAAGAGUUUAAAAUCGGGGACAUCGUCCGCUACCGGUGCCUCCCGGGAUACCAGCUGAGCGGGAACAGCAUCCUGACCUGCCGGCUCAGCACACAUCUGGAGUUUGAGGGCCCCCCGCCGUCCUGUGAGGUCACCUGUCCAAUGAAUGAGAUCCUGACGGACUCCACGGGCGUGAUCCUGAGCCAGAUGCAGGGCAGUGGCUUCCCACACUUUGAGACCUGCUCCUGGGUAGUGAAGGUGGAGCCGGGCUACAACAUCUCCCUGACCAUCGAGCACUUCCAGACCAGCCGACAGUUUGACGAGCUGGAGAUUUUUGAUGGUCCUUCUAGGCAAAGUCCCCCGCUCCUCACUUUGAGUGGUAACUACUCCUCCCCCCUGACUGUCACGAGCACCUCCAACAAGGUCUACCUGCACUGGUCCUCGGACCACGCCUCCAGUCACAAGGGCUUCCGGAUCCACUAUGCAGCCUCAUACUGCAGCCCCCCAGACCCCCCCGCCAAUGGUUCAGUCCACAGCCUGACCGGCACCAAGCUGGGAAGCACCCUGCGCUUCAACUGUGACCAGGGCUUUCGCCUCAUUGGCCAGAACAGCGCCACCUGCUCCCGCACCCCCCAGGGCCUCUACCAGUGGAAUGCCCCAACACCCCUCUGCCAAGUGGUGUCAUGUGGCAUGCCAGCAUCCCCAAUCAACGGCAGCGUGACCGGUCGUGAUUAUACUGUGGGCACCAAGGCCACCUACCACUGCAAUCCUGGCUACCAGCUAACCAGCCCUUACACAGUGUCCAUUGCCUGCCAGGACUCUGGGAGGUGGAGCCCUGCUGAUGCCCCGCCCCACUGUGAACCGGUUACGUGUCCUGACAUUAGCCACACAUCAGUGGACCAUGGCAGGUGGAGGCUGAUUUAUGGGACCCUGAAUCAGUACGACUCCAUGAUGAUGCUCAUUUGUGACCCUGGCUACUACUACCGUGGUCAGCGAGUCAUCCGUUGCCAGGCCAAUGGAACCUGGGACUAUCCAGAACCCCGGGCCGUGUGCAACAUCAUCUCCUGUAUGGAACUGGGCAGCCCACCCAAUGGGAACAAAAUCGGCACCCUGACCGUGUACGGAGCAACCGCCAUUUUCUCCUGCAACACGGGCUACACGCUGGUGGGCUCCCGAGUCCGGGAGUGCAUGUCCAAUGGGCUGUGGAGUGGAACACAGGUCCAGUGUCUCGCCGGCCACUGCGGUGCCCCAGACCCCAUGGUGAACGGGCAGAUCAUCGGUGAGAACUACAGCUACCGCGGCAGCGUGGUGUACCAGUGCAACCCAGGCUUUCGGCUCAUCGGCGUCUCCGUGCGCAUCUGCGAGCAGGACCACCACUGGUCCGGCCGGACCCCCGUCUGUGUCCCCAUAACCUGCGGUCACCCCGGCAACCCGGCCAACGGCAUGACCCAGGGCAUGCAGUUCAACCUGAACGACGUUGUGCGCUUCACGUGCAACACUGGCUACGUGCUGCAGGGGGCGGUGGAGGCACAGUGCCAGGCCAACAGCCAGUGGAGCAACGGCCUGCCCCACUGCAAAAUUGUGAACUGUACGGACCCCGGGCACGUGGAGAACAGCGUGCGGCAGGUCCUGCCCAGCGGGCCUCACCGCUUCAGCUUCCAGACCGCCGUGUCCUUCACCUGCAGCCCGGGCUACUACCUGCUGGGCAGCAGCACGCUGGCCUGCCAGGGUGACGGCACGUGGGACCGCGCGCUCCCCAAGUGCAUCUUGGUGCUGUGUGACCGGCCCAGCGUGCCGCCCUCCGCCCAGAUUUCGGGGGACCGCCGCACCGUGGGCUCGGUGAUCCGCUACAGCUGUGCGGGACGGCGCCAGGUCGUGGGCAACACCACCCGCAUGUGCCAGCUGGAUGGGCACUGGAGCGGAUCGCUGCCACACUGCUCCGGGGAUUCCCCAGGCCUGUGCGGAGACCCCGGCGUGCCGAUUCACGGCAUCCGGCUGGGGGAGCAGUUCUCCACGGGCAGCGUGGUGCGUUUUAGCUGCGAGCCAGGCUAUGCACUCAAGGGCGCCCCCGAGAGGACUUGCCUGACCAAUGGGACAUGGACGGGCAUCCAGCCUGAAUGCCAUGUCGUGUCAUGCGGCAACCCCGGAACCCCCCGGAACGCCCAGGUGGUAUUCCACGAUGGCCUGGUCUUCUCGCGCUCCAUCACCUACGCCUGCCGCGAAGGCUACUACUCCACCGGGCUGCUGACCCGGCACUGCACGGUCAAUGGCACCUGGACAGGGACCAUGCCAGAGUGCACAGUGAUAAACUGCGGGGACCCAGGGGUACCAGCAAAUGGCAUCCGCCUGGGCAGCGACUUCACCUACCAGCACAGCGUAACCUUCCAGUGCUCGCCGGGCUUCACCAUGGACGCUGACCGCUCCUCCAUGCUGGUCUGCACCAAGGACCGCACCUGGAACGGGUCCAAGCCCAUCUGCAAAGCCAUCGUGUGCGGCCCUCCUUCCGCCAUCCCCAACGGGCAGGUGGUGGGGACAGACUUUCAGUGGGGCUCCAGUGUCAGCUACGGCUGUGUCGAAGGCUACCAGCUCUCCCUGCCGGCCACUCUCACCUGCCAGGGGAACGGCAACUGGAGUGGGGAAAGACCCCAGUGUUUCCCGGUGUUCUGUGGAGAUCCGGGGGUGCCCGCCCAGGGCAGGCGGGAGGACCGCGGCUUCACCUACCUCUCCUCCGUGGUAUUCACCUGCCUCCCACCACUGGUGCUGGUGGGCUCGGCCCGUCGCUACUGCCAGGCAGAUGGCAGCUGGAGUGGGACACAGCCGUCCUGCAUAGAUCCCAGUCACACGACCUGCAAUGACCCCGGGGUACCGCUGUUUGGACACCAGAACAACACUCAGGGCUACCAGAUCGGCAGCACACUGUUCUUCAGCUGCAGGAAGGGAUACCUGCUACAGGGCUCCAUCAGCCGCACCUGCCUGCCCAACCUCACCUGGAGCGGCAUGCAGCCUGAGUGCAUCGCUCAUCACUGCAGCCAGCCCGAGCUCCCAGCCCAGGCCGAUGUCAGCGCCAUCGAGCUGCCCUCACUGGGAUACACCCUCAUCUACUCCUGCCAGCCCAGCUUCUACCUGGCUGGGGGCUCUGAGCACCGCACCUGCAGGGCUGAUGGGAGCUGGACAGGGAAGCCUCCUCUGUGCUCAGCUGACACCCGGCCGAGCGGGACGACGAUCGGAACCGUGCAGGAACCGCCGAAUGCCAAGCUCCCAGUCCCUGGUGGUGUCUUUGCCAAGAAUUCUCUGUGGAGGGGCUCAUACGAGUACCUGGGCAAGAAGCAGCCCGCCAUGCUGAGCAUCACCGCCUUUGAACCCUUUGGAAACCGCGUCAACGGGACGCUCAUCGACCACAGUGGCGUGGAGCUGAAGCUGGCCGGGAUCUACAAAAAAGAGGAGUCUCACCUGCUGCUUCAGGUGUACCAGAUUCGGGGUCCCGUCGAGAUCUUCAUGAACAAGUUCAAGAGCGAGAAUUGGGCGCUGGACGGCCAUGUGUCAUACAUGGCCUCCACCAACUCCUUUGUGUAUCAAGGGUUCGUCAGAGGAAAAGGAUUCGGCCAGUUUGGACUUCAGAGACUUGAUACGGAGAAACUGGACCCAGACCGAGACAGUCCUGGCUACAACUUCGCCUCCAACAGCAGCUCUGUGGCCGCAGCUAUAUUAGUGCCUUUCAUAGCCAUGAUCAUUGCAGGAUUCGCUCUGUACCUCUACAAACACAGGAGAAGACCUAAGGUCCCUUUCAACGGCUACGCAGGCCACGAGAACACCAAUGGGAGAGCCACCUUCGAGAACCCAAUGUACGACCGCAACAUACAGCCCACAGACAUCAUGGCCAAUGAGACAGAGUUUACCGUCAGCACUGUGUGCACGGCGGUAUAGCGGCCGGUCUCCCCCCUUACCCCCUGCCCAGGCUCCUGUCUGUUGCCACACUGUACCCAGAAGCGAAGGCUGUCCCAUCACAUCACACGUCGUCAUCGUAAAACUUAAAAUGCUCUCAGAGUUCUGCGCGGCACUGCGCCGUCCCCCUCGCUGGAGUACCGGCCUCUCGACCUGCAUCUCUAAUCAGAGAGAGACCAACGAGAUCAGACUGCAGUCAGAGAACCUGGUGACUUGUAAAAAGGCAAAAAAAAAAAAAAACAAGAAAAGAAAAAACCCGAAAACAUUCUGAAUCAGCGUCGUCACAGAAUGGAAACAAACUCGCCGAAAACAGAGAGUUUCUGUCUUCUGUUGUUUUCAGUUCUUGGAGAAAAGGUCUUGCAGUUGAUGGUAAACGUGGUGAAGCGCUUCACUGUCAGGCAGUGAAAGCGAGGGAUGCUUUAUGUGGGACAGUACCUGCCUGCUCAUGCACUCUCACCGCCACAGGCAGCGGCCGUUGGCUCUGCACCGCAAACGGUUGUUUGGAGGUGGUGGACGUGCCCUCUGGACGGUGCAUCCUCUGCUUUAUUUUCGUUCUGCAGUGAAGCAGGUGUGCGGCUCAUUACGCUUGUAGCAACUGAGAGCGCCAGACCCCCACAGCGCUCUGCUGAGGAUCUCACUGGAUACCCCAUGUCACACGGAACAGUCCCGUGUAUAUUCCGCUGCGGAUCCCCAGCUCCGCACCCCCAUAUAUUCUGAAGGAUGGACAUCUAGACAAGAGGCCCCACAGGUGUACGAUUGAUGUGGCGAGUGGAAAUGUCACGGCCUGCAGUUUGUCACCAAGGAAGCUGUAUUAAAGACUCGCUUUUUGUAUGUCUGAAUGUGUGUGAGGGAGCGUGUAUAUUUGUUUGCGAGUGUUAGUGUAUUUAAAGUAAAUCCCAGAACCAAAUGCCCAUCAGAUUUGUGUUUCCUGCACACAUAAUGGGGAUUGUAUAUUCAGGAAUCCCCAGGGAAGUGUUGAGACAUAAAAUUUGCAUGUCAACACAGAGGUCAGGAGGGAUACCGCCCCACUCGGAUGGGAAAAGGUGCUCUUCCUUAUGACCAUCAUGGAUGAAAUGAUGGAAUUCUGAUAGGAUUUGUCUUGGGAGAUAAGAAAGCAAAUGAAGGCUACACAUAAGUACCCAGAGAUUUGAAAGAAGAUAAAUACCCAAUUAUGACAAAGGCAGAAUGUAAUUGUUUCGCUGCGACCCUGUGCUGCAUUUGCUCAGCCCCUUGUGUUUGGUCACUGCAGUUCUCAUCACGGCCAGAAGAGGUUGUGGUAUUGAAUGUUCACUUUGCAAUCAAAGGGCCUUUCUGAGUGUUAAAACGGGCAUCUUUUAUUGGCCAAAAAGGAAUGGCAGACUGCUUCCGAUUCAAGAUGCCUUCUCUCUCUGUAAUAGUCCCUUUGCUCCAAAUCGUGGGCAGACGCUGUCAGGAUAGUUAAGCUGAGUUUUAUAGUGCAUAAUGUCGUUUUGCACCCUGAAAUGACCAUGAGCAUGUUGUCACAGGGGUGACUCCUAUACAAAGCAGGCAGGAAGUGAUGUCACAUUAGACAGGAUGAAGGGUGUGAGGUGUUUCGUUUGCUUUCGUUUGCUUGAAUAAGUUGCCUGGCUGUUGGGCACUUUCGUGCCAGCUAGUGUUUCAUCUUGGUCUCUCCAGAAGUAAAUUGUGAACCCUGACAGGAAGUGAUAUCACAAAUUUCAUAGGCCUCAGGCCUUGCUGGUCACUCACUGGUAGACACACUACACUGCAUUCAUUUUUUGUACCUUCGUAUUAAAAGAAAGGGUUAACAAAAUACUGUACAUCCAUGCUUGGUCAGGGCUGUUUAAUUUUGCUCAGCACAAUAGUAGAUGACAGUGGGCUAAUUCUGUUUACUUCAUGAAAAUGGCAAAUUCUGUACAAGGUGAUGGGCAGUCAUUUACAGCCAAAUUUUGUAUGGUUUAUUUUGUGAAAAGGAUAUUUUUAAGUUAAAAACUGCAGCUGCAAGUUUUCCCUAGUUUUAUUUGGCUUUAUAUAUGAGGAUCGGCGUAAUGCAGACACACUAGGCAUGCUAUAGCACCACUUAUAGUGCAUUUAUAGUGUUACAGUCCUUACACAUGCGGUCUAGUAGACGAUUCUCCAUCUAAACGAAGUUGGCUGGGAAAAAAAAACAAACAAAGCAGCUUUCUGAAAUCGAUUAUCGUAGAGAACACAGCCGUGGUAAAUCCUUUUACCUUUUUAUUGCUUUUAAAUGCCUUAUCUCCACUGUGUGAAUUGAUUGUCACCUGUCGCUUAUUAGAAUAUUGGAAUGGAAAGUAUGAGGAAAGCAAAGGUUGUGUUUCCCAAACGAUAUAUAAGGCAAAGUGAUUGGAAGGUGCAUUAUAUGCACCAAUCACCAGUCACUUUGAAAUACAUGGGAAAUACAGGCGUUGGCCAACAUGACUUAGUGAGACUGGGGGGGGGGGGGGUCCUGCUGAUUUAUAGUGAGAGCCACAUGAGGGACUCUCAGUUAAUCUGUUAUGACAAACCCCAGCACACUUUUCCCCAUACAUGUCUCAGAUAAAACAGGCCAUUACAAUAUUCAAAGAAACAUUAAAAGAUAAAAUACAUUUCAGAAGACUGAGACCUAGACAUAGAUGAUUGAAAAAAAUGUAGAGAUUAUAUAUAUAUAUAUAUAUAUAUAUAUAUAUAUAUAUAUAUAUAUAUAUAUAUAUAUAUAUAUAUAUAUAUAUAUAGUCUAAUAAUUAUAUUUCAUAUAUAGUAACACAUCGCCGCCUACAUCUCCUGGGGGGGAGAUGUGGCCGCGGUUAUUAUCACAUAUACACCAAAAAUCUAUGAAAGAGGGUUUAUAUUAGAAAGAGUGUCGCAACCCAAGCUGAGUAGGAGCCCAGCUUUUAUAUGUACUCACAUUCUCCUCAGGAAAACAUGUUAAUUGGAUCAUGCCUUCAAACAGGAAACCAUGAACCCUAUUGUCCCUAUUUUGCCAAAGAUAAAAUGCAAACCCGAGGAAUGAAGACGAGGUUAGACUAGGUAUGUAAUACGGUGAAGCAGAGCAGAUUGUAUUAUUUUAAAUAACCCCAGAAAUGGCCUGAUUUAAUGGAGGUGCUGUGUUGUUUAUACUCUGCGUCUCUCUGCUCUCCGCAGUUCCUACAGCGGCAGAGAUUCGACGAGCCUUGCCUGUCCACAUGUGCAUCUUUAUAAAUUUAUGUGUUAGCAGAGUGCCUGGCUCUUUCAGGAAGGAUAUUCGCGAAUUAAGUCGUCCUCAUACCUUUCUCUGUCAUGACUCUGUCAGAGCAAGUAUGCUUAUGUGCGAAGUUGUUUUUCCCUGCUUUUUGCCCUCUGUUUGUGGUCGCGGUUACUUUGCAUUACAGUCCAAUUUAAAUGUGCCCUCUCCCCUGCAGUCGUUGCACAUUUCUUCGAUGUUGCGCAUGGAAUUUACAUUUAAAAUGCAUUUCUUGUCAAAGGUCGCAUUCCGUCGCCAGCAACGCAGACCAACCCCUCCAGCUCUCGGAUAAUUCGAGCUCACUGAUGCGCCAUUCCAAGAGGGAACAUCGUCUGUUUUGUCCCUGCCUUUGUAUCCCAGGCAUUAAUUGGACAUCUCGCCGCCACGUCAGUUUUCUUUUAGUCGUCACAGCCACGUGCUGAAGACUAGGCCCACAGGAUGCCUCCGGGUGAGCUCUCACAAGAGGCCCUGGGCCAGCGGGUCCCUGUUCGACCCUAUUUUCUUUUCCUUUAAACCUCCUGAAAUGCUCCCCCAGCAAACCCCUAUGCAGUGGAUUCAGAUACAUGAAAACCAUAUACAUUUAAUUGUAUCAAUAUAUUUUCAUUGUAUAUAACGAAAUUUUAAUAUAUAUAUAUAUAUAAUAUAUAGGUAAAUAUAUAAAAUAUAUAUUUCAUAUAAUUGCAAUCAUAUAUAUAUAAAAGGUAUACUAAAAAGGUCAGAAAGACAGUUGGAAUUCUGAUACAUUCAUCCUUUUAUUUACACAAGGGUAAUACCCGUUUCAAAAGAUGCACUGUGACAACUUACAGAUUUUCCGAAAACGUGUAAUACGCGAAAUGGUAUAAUGUGAAGCUAAUAGCGCUUAGGUCAGGGCUAGGGCCAGUCAUCAUUCUGCUGUCAUCGUCAUGCAGAAGCCUGAUAGGACAAACAUAAUUUGAUAUAUGUGUCAUUUCUGUCUCUAUCGUGCUGCUCGCCGAAAUGGGGUCGUGGAAAAUGAGCGUCCGGGACGUGGUCUUAAUACGUGAGGGAAGGGGGAGCGAGGGAGGGCAGUGGAGAUGGGAGAAUCGGAUGAAAGGCAGACCUACAGAGACACCUAAUGGGAGAACAAACAAACAAACGAACGAAACCCUUUUUGUACAGAGAUAUAUUUUUAUGAAAAUAAAUUUGUAUUAUAAAAAAGAAAAAAAAGACUGAGCGAUCUGUACAUUGUUUUUCAUUAUUGUAGUACAAAAUGCUAGUGGAGAUAAAAACAUAAUUAUAUAUAUAUCAGAGCGAUAUAUAUGUAAUUCAAAUAAAGACCACGAUUUUUUUGUAAAUGUAAUAAAGAUUGUAAAUAGAAGUUUACAUACUUAGUGUACAUAUGUAAUACCAACAUGGCUUGUCUGCAAUAUAUAAAAUGUAUUUUAUCCGUCUGUAUAUGAUGCUAUGCAUUGUGUUUAAGCUUAUUUUACUUUCUUGAACUUGAAACCUAUUUUAACGUUUUGUUUUCUUUUUUUUGGAAUAAAAUGUUUUAAAAAGCA